UGGUCUCUCUCUCAUCAACAUAAUUUCAGACAAAAAAAAUAUGUCACGAGGAGCAUGCAAAAGAGUAAGCUUUAGUCCUAACCAAGAAGCCACUGAGGAACCUAUAUUCCAAAAACAUCACGACCAGAGAAAGGUGGUCCUCAUUGGAUUUCUCAGUUUCGGUCUCAAGGCCUCGCCUACUGGAAGGAAGCUCAUCCGACGUAUACGAGCUAGAGUCGCCAAAACGCUGCGUUCUAUGUCCUCCGGGAAGAGUACGACCGACAAUACGUCAUCAUUGUUGCUGUCUUCAUCUUCUUCUUCAUCGUCUAUUUAUAUGAAGAGGUCCAAGUCUCUAGCUGAGUCGGAGUCUCACAGAGCAGAAGCUAUUGAAGACUGCAUUGAGUUCUUGAACUCUUCUUUUUCACUGUCCAGAUCAAACUCUGUCUCGACGUGGUCUUCUUGAUUUGACCGGUUAGGAUUCGGAUCAAAUGGAACUCCUACUCUCCUUUUCUUCUGGUGAAAUGUUAAAAGAGUUGAGAAUUGUGAAUUGAGCAUUGUGUAGGAGUAUUUUAAACUACUUUUCAGUUCACAAAAAAUUACGAGGUUAUUGACCUCUUUUCAACACUCAUUUUGAAACCUUUUAACCAAAAAAACAAGGAAAAAAUCCAUUGCAAAUCAUGGAUCAAGUUUG